GUUCCCAAACCAAGCUGCGAUACACCCUGGCAGUAUGCUUUUUUAUGGUGCGUCUGUCGAAGUUUGCAAGAGUUAUUGGAGAAAUUCCAAAUUACCUCAGACUCCUGAUUGGUGUGCCUUCUAGGCUGUAGAUUCAAUGUGGUUGGUCCACGAAGGAUUUAAAUAAGGUUGGAGCCAAUGGAUUGAAAACAACAUAGAAUAACACAAAAUCUUGCCUUGCAAUUGUUAUGAUCAUGGCCGAUCAUCCAAAAUCAGAACCCCGUCCCCAUAUCCUUUUAUUCCCAUAGCUCAAAAACCUAAAGCUAACUCUCUCUUGAAAACAACCAGUGAAUUGGCCUCCACUGCCUUCUGUGGCAGAGAAUUCCACAGAUUCACAACUCUCUGGGUGAAAAAGGUUUUCCUCAUCUCAGUCCUAAAUCGCCUACCCCUUAUACUUAAACGGUGACCCCUAGUUCUGGACUCCCUCAAAAUUGGGAACAUUUUCCCUGCAUCUACCCUGUCCAAUCCUCUAAGAAUUGUAUAUGUUUCGAUAAGAUCUCCUCUUAUCCGUCUCAAUUCCAGCAAAUACAAGCCCAGUCGACCCAUUCUUUCAUCAUACGUCUUGGCUAAUGAUUGGCAAAGUCCACCCUGAAAAAUUUACAGGUGGCAACUGUGUUGCAAUGCAUUUAUGAACUUGAUACUCUAUGAACAGGACAUAGGAGCAAUCCUGCUCCUAACUUUUGUUUUGCAACAUUUAUUACUGUAAGAUAGAUUUUUUCCGUCUGUAUACCUGCGGAAGUUACUUAAUUGGAAACUAAAGAUACGGUGCUCUUUCUUUUAAGAUAUUAAUUUCAUACUUGACCACACGAUGGACAUAUGCAAAUUCAAUAAUAACUGAAAAACAUUAAAUGCUGGAAACACUCAGCAGGGCAGACUGUAUCUGUGGAAAGAGAAGCAUAGAACAUCAGGCAAGAGGUACAGAAGUUUGAAAAUGUGUACCACCAGAUUUGUGGACAGUUUCUGCCGAGCUGUAAUCAAGUAAUUGAAUGGUCCUCUCAUCAGCUAGCAAAUGGUCCUGGCCUCCCACCCACCUCAUUAGAGAUGUUUAUUCAAGCGUUAUUGGCCUUAAUGUUUUAUCUUACACUGUACUGUAUACUUUAUCCUUUAGUUGAGCACUGUGGACAGCUAGAUUGUCUUUUCUUUGACUGGAUAGCACAAAAAUAAAAGCAUCUCAGUACAUGUGACAGUAAUGUUAAAAAUAGUGGAGUCAGGGGAUAUGGGGAGAAGGCAGGAACGGGGUACUGAUUGGGGAUGAUCAGCCAUGAUCACAUUGAAUAGCGGUGCUGGCUCGAAGGGCCGAAUGGCCUCCUCCUGCACCUAUUGUCUAUUGUCUAAUAAACUAAACUAAGAACAUAGAACAGUACAGCAUAGGAACAGGCCCUUCUGCUCACAGUGUCUGUGCCAAACAUGAUGCCAAGACCAACUCUUAUAGGCCUGUACAUAAUCUAUAUGCCUCCAUUUCCUGUAUAUCCAGAGUUAACAUUUCAGGUGAAAGGGUCUUUUUAUUUUAGAUUCCAGAGUCUGCAAUAUUUCCACUUGAUACACAAGUUCAAUUAUUCUGGAAACCUUUACCUUGUUUAUGCUAUUCUUGGAAUGACUCAUGAAGUGAUAACAGGGAAGAUAAAACUUCAGGUUAAAUAUUUCUUAAGGCAGACAUUGUGAACUCAGGUGAAGUUUAUGAUCUCUCACAGAACAGCAGAAUACCAUGCAUUGCAGUGCUAAGUCAUGUUCACUUCUGAAUGUCAGUUUUAAUUCAUAAAUGUUCAGGUUGCUUAAUGGAAGAAGUAUUGGUGGAAAUAGAUAAAGAGGACUGGUGACACGAGAUUUCCCAUUCAAUGAAUAAAAUAGAGAAAGUACUGCUGUGGGUAUUUGUGACUUUGCUGGUGGUGAAUCCAUGUCAAGGAGUUGAUUUAAAAUGGACAGAAGGAUCUCGUGUGCCUCCUGAUAAUGAAUGCGAUUUCAUGGGCGCGAAAGGUGAUCAAGAUUGCCCGUGGUAUGAAAGCUGUGACUUUGAGACAGAUUUCUGCAACUGGACCAACUAUCAAAAGUCACAGACUCGAUGGGCUAGGACGAAUGUUUUGAAUGGCAUCGAGCCAGUGAAUGACCACAUGGGAAAUGGGGCUGCUUAUUACUUAUCCGUAUUAACCGAAGAUGAUUCAAAGGAAUUUGCAAUUCUACAAAGUGUUGUUUUCCUUCCUACAAAAGACAUUUGCCAGAUGAGGUUUUAUUAUCAGUUUGGACACGUGAGUGGAACACUUAAAGUCACGCUAUAUCAGCCAUAUGAUGGGCGUGUGCUGGAAAUUUGGAAGCAAACGUUUGAACAGGGAAGUCAAUGGAAUAGAGAGGUUAUCAGAAUCAACAGCAAAGACAAAUUUCAGGUAUGUGGUUCCACAGGUAUUUUGUAUAAUUUAUCCGAUACACUUCACUUCGGCAAAAUGCUAAAUGGGUCAAAUUGGUUGGGAGUCAGAUGUCUUAAUGGGUCAAGGGUUGUUAUUCAAGGACGUAUUUUUGCUUAUACUCAUCCCAGAGAAGGGAUUGCCAUUGAUGACAUUUCCUUCAGCUAUGGGUGCCUCAUUGCACCAGGUAUGAUUGUGACUGUAUAA